AUGCUUAUAAGCGACAGCAAAUCUACACCGAGUCCGGUCCUUGGCUGCACUUCCGGAUUUGGACUGAUUCGCACUACAGGCCUUGUGAUGGCAAGACUUCCCCGCGUGGGAACUCCGUCAAUCGUCGAGCUGCCCCCAUAUCAUGGUCGAAGUUGCGGACGCAUCGGCAUCAAUCGAUCCCUUACCCGCAUUGCUCCCAGCCCACGAUGUCGAGACAUCGCAUGGAGAAUGGCUGAUAGCCGUAUUGAGAUUGCUGUCCUAGUUGUGCUCCCGUCUUCGAUGGCCAUCUAG